CAUCGCGCCCAGACUGUGGCACACAUGUUAGACACCCUCCGCGCAGCGCGGCAGCUUGAAGAAGCCGCAUUAUCCCCUGACGUUUCAUCCAAUAAUCCUCGCAAGCGGUCAUGGGACGCCGCGCAAGAUGACGGUCGGACAGCCCCCCUCCGAAUGGUUUUCGAGACAGGACACUUCGUCGAAGGCGGACCGAACAAGAGCAGAGCGAGAUAUGGAGCUCAUAAAGCGAAAACGUCACGCUUUACAUGAUGAAGAACCUGAAACGUCCCCAGCUCCACGGCCGAAGAAACGAGGCCCACGAGUGACGGCGUCAUCACCUGGGCAGUGCAAUUCUUGCGGAAGUCGUGAUACACCUGAAUGGAGGCGAGGCCCUGAAGGUCCUAGAACUCUGUGCAACGCCUGCGGUUUGCAUUAUGCCAAGGUCAUGAAAGAAGGCGGAAGCUUCGCAACAGAGCAAUGACCCAUGGACCCAAACCGCUGGGUUCCCAUCCCCGUAUCCGGGUUUGCCACCGUUGACUCCUCAAGAUUCCCUACCCCCACUAACCACUCAACGUCUGGAUCAUCGCACAGACUUUCCCCAAACCUCCGACAGAAGUGACCAGCUUUCCUUAAAGGAUCGCUUGAGCAUGCUUUCAAC